GGUCUGGCAACCCUGGCCCGAUAGCUAUCGAUAGAACCUUCCAGGCCAGAGCGAGAGGCAGCUAGUGUACGAAAUCAGCUGCUGGAAACGACUGUGUUGUUGGAAGGCAGACCACAGGCAUUCCAAUGUCAAUUAAAUAAGCAAAAAAAAAAAAAGAAAAAGAAGCAAAAAACACGGAAAGAAAACGCAAGCUAAGCGUGUAAACUAUUUCAAUAAAAGGAAACCUUAAACGAAACAUUAAACCCAAGGAUAAGCAACAAAAACAAGGCAAAGGAGCACCCACAAGCAGCCACCAACGAACUGCGGACUACGCAAUAAGCGAUAACGACCUUACCGCCGCCACCACCCCCUCGGAUUUGCACUCCCACUGGAGGAGCAGGAGGAGGAGGAGGAGGAGCUUAGCUUGCAAUGCCCCAAACGAGGGCAGCGGCCGCUGAGGCGGCGGCCGCCGGCAGUGCCAAUGGCCAGCCGCUGGUAAAGAUUGGACACUAUUUGCUGGGCGCCACUUUGGGCACUGGGACCUUUGGCAAGGUAAAGAUCGGUGAACACCAAAUCACGCGCGUCAAGGUGGCAGUGAAGAUACUCAACCGGCAGAAGAUCAAGAGUCUAGAUGUGGUGGGCAAGAUCCGUCGUGAGAUACAGAAUUUAAAGCUCUUCCGGCAUCCGCAUAUUAUUAAGUUGUACCAGGUCAUCUCCACACCCUCGGACAUCUUUAUGAUCAUGGAGUAUGUGAGCGGCGGCGAGCUUUUCGAUUAUAUUGUCAAGCAUGGCAAGCUGCAGGAGCAUCAGGCGCGUCGCUUCUUCCAGCAGAUCAUCUCGGGCGUGGACUAUUGUCAUCGCCACAUGAUUGUCCAUCGGGAUUUGAAGCCAGAGAAUCUCCUGCUGGAUCACAAUAUGCAUGUAAAAAUAGCUGAUUUUGGACUCUCGAACAUGAUGCUGGAUGGGGAGUUCCUGAGGACCUCUUGUGGCUCACCCAACUAUGCUGCCCCCGAGGUUAUUUCUGGGAAGCUUUAUGCUGGUCCUGAGGUGGAUAUUUGGUCAUGUGGUGUCAUACUUUAUGCGCUACUCUGCGGUACUUUACCCUUUGAUGAUGAGCAUGUGCCCACGCUUUUCCGUAAGAUCAAAUCGGGUAUAUUUCCUAUACCCGAGUAUCUGAACAAACAGGUGGUGAAUCUGGUUUGUCAGAUGCUACAGGUGGAUCCUCUAAAGCGUGCCAAUAUCGAGGAGAUCAAGAAGCAUGAAUGGUUCCAAAAGGAUUUGCCUGCCUAUUUGUUUCCCUCGUCCAUCGAGCAGGACUCCAAUGUGAUUGAUACAUAUGCCGUGGCCGAGGUUUGCACCAAGUUUGGUGUCAAGGAGAGCGAAGUGCAUAACUCUCUGCUGAGUGGGGAUCCCCAUGAUCAGCUGGCCAUUGCCUAUCAUCUGAUAAUUGAUAACAAACGUUUUGCUGAUGAUGCCGCCAAUCAAAUCAAUGAAAUUAAUAAUUUCUUUGUGGCUGGAUCACCGCCGCCACCUCAACCACCCAUCAUGGCUCCAUCCAUGCCGCAAUCAAGCUUGGAUCAUCAUCAGCAGCAGCAGGCGCAACCCUUGGUCACGGUGGGUGGAGGAGGAGGCACUGCAGCCAGUUCGGGCACAGCCACACCAGUACCGCCAGGUGCCACGCCAGCCGUAGCGGUGGGUACUCCUGGCAGCAGUACCAUACGUCCGCAUCCGGAACGUAUAGCACCCAUGCGUGACCGUCAGCUAGCCAUGUCCGUGCAGACCUCGGGCGGGGGUGCCUUUCCCGAGAAGACGGCACGCGGUGGCACACCCAUUAAGCGUGCCAAAUGGCAUCUGGGCAUCCGUUCCCAAAGCAAACCGAAUGACAUUAUGCUGGAGGUAUACCGGGCCAUGAAGGCUCUGAGCUACGAGUGGAAGAUCAUCAAUCCGUAUCAUGUGCGUGUCCGACGGCAGAAUGUCAAGACGGGGAAGUUCUCCAAGAUGUCGCUGCAGCUGUAUCAAGUGGAUGCCAAGAGCUAUCUGCUGGACUUUAAAUCGCUGACCAACGAGGAGGUGGAGCAGGGCGAUGAUGUCAUAAUGGAGAGUCUAACGCCGCCGCCGUUGAGUGUGGCGGGUGUGAUGCCGCUACAGCCGGCGGGUCAUCAUACCAUGGAGUUUUUUGAGAUGUGUGCGGCCUUGAUUAUACAGUUGGCGCGAUGAGGAGAUAGAGGAGGAGGAGUAGCAGGAGGAGCAGGUGGAUAAGGAGGAGGAGCAGGUGGAUAAGGAGGAGGUGCAGGUGGAUAAGGCGGAGGAGCAGGAGGAGUAGA